GCAGCUGCUUGCACUACUCGGACUAUAGUUCCUAUCCUACGAGCCAUGGAUGGCGCUCCCCCGCAAGAGGAGGACUUCAGCACCAUCCCUAUUCCUGACCGUCUGGCGCACAAGAACUGGAAGGCCCGAGUCAGCGCAUACGAGGCUCUCGUAAAGACAUUCCAUACGACAUCAUCCGACGACGAUCCCGCUUUCAAGCCAUAUCUAAACAACCCGGAACUCCUCAAGAAGGCUGUGACGGAUGCCAACGCUGUCGCGCAGGAGAAGGGCGUAGAAUGCGUCGUUGCCUUUGUGAAGUUCGCGGGCGAGAAUGCAGCACGCACACGAGAGGUGGUAGUUCCGGCAUUGGUUGAUAAGUGCCUCGGUUCCGCACGAGCAGGGACUAAGGCGCAAGCGGCCGAACUAGUGCUUCAAUAUGUGGAGGUUGAGAAUGGAGGGGCGGGUGUUGUGGCUGACAUCCUUCCUGGUCUGGGAGCAAAGCAGCCAAAGACCGUGGCAGGAUGUGUCGCCGCAUUGAAGGCAAUAGUGCGAGUCUUCGGAGUGUCUGUAACUCCUCCGGGCCCCAUUAUGAAAGCCCUGCCAAAGAUCUUCGCACACACCGACAAAACCGUCCGUUCCGAAGGAACUCAGCUCACCCACAUUUUCUACCAGUACAUCGGACUUGGUAUUGAGUCAUGGCUAGCGGAUUUGAAGCCCGUACAAGUGAAGGAGCUGAAGGAAGCAUUUGAAGAGCUGGACAAGGAGGGGAAAGGAAAGGGUAGUCUGAAGCCGGAGCGGAUGACGAGGGCAGCUGCGCGCGAGGCAGAAGCAAACGCCGCGGCGGGAGUUGACGAUACGGAGGCGGUCCAAGGAGGUCCCGAUGAUCCGCGUAUGUUUGCGGAGGAGGUUGACAUCGUCUCGAAGCUGCCCCAAGACAUGACGAGACUCACGUCCUCCAAGUGGAAGGAUCGCAAGGAGGUCUUGGACGAGCUACUUGCUCUUCUUAACGCCACACAACGCAUUAAAGACGCUGGCGAACUCGGCGACCUUGCUAAACGGCUCGCGACCUGCGUCCAGAAAGACGCGAACGUCAUAUGUGUGACGGCUGCUGCGGGAUGUAUAGAACGCCUCGCGAAGGGUGUGAUGACGCCGUUCGGGCGGUUCAGGGAGGCCAUCGUACCGCCGAUGCUCGAGCGAAUGAAGGAGAGGAAAGCGUCCGUUACGGAUGCUAUCGGAAAUGCGUUAGAUGCUGUCUUCGUGACGACUACCUUAACAGAUAUCAUCCCAGACAUCUUGCCUUCUCUGAGCUCAAAGAAUCCUCAGGUCAAAGAAGGCACUCUCAAGUUUCUCGCACGGUCACAAGUCAAAUCUGUAUCUGAUGCCCUCGCACCCUUACUUGAGGACUCCGUCGAGGGAGCUCGCAAUGAAGCUGCUUCGUGUCUCGGAACGCUGAUGAAGAUGGUUGGCGAGCGGCCGCUCAACGCUCUCAUGGAGAGCCUCGCCGACGUCCGCAAAGCAAAGGUGAAGGAAGCUUUCGAGAAAGCUACAGUCAAAGCCAAGGCCGGCGGCCCUGCACCCAGAGCCCCUCCGCCAGCUGCGAAAGAGCCUCCGAAGAAGGCAUCGGCGCCAGUGAAGAAAGCCGAAGCAUCCAAGCCAGCACCUACCGCUGCCUCGCCGCCUGCGGCGGCUGAAGACGACGUAUUGGCGUCGGCCGAGAACAAGCCGCCCAAGAAAUUUCCUGCCCGAUUACUGGCGAAGAAAGCCCCAGCUGCGGACGCGGGCGGUGCUCCUUCUGCUGCAUCAAGCGUCGCUGUGAAGAAGCUACCCCCGGCAGCAGCGGGCGGCAAGUCGGCGAAGGCUGCACCCGCAGCGGCUCCAGGUGCUCUGGAUACUUUCAAAUUCAAGCACACACCAGAAGACGCGGAGGCCCUCGCUGCGGAGGUUAUUCCGGCCCAGUUCGCCACUGACUUCGGGGACUCCAACUGGAAGGUGCGACUGGCCGCUCUCGAAGAGAUGACAGGCUGGGUGGAGGGCGCUGCUCCCGAGCUUGAUGCUGAGGUCGUCGUGCGUUUCCUGGGGAAGAAAGGUUGGAACGAGAAGAAUUUCCAGGUAUCGGCGAAGCUGUACGGUAUACUCAGCAUUCUCGCGGAGAGCUGCCCGUCGUUCGGCAGAUCGUCGGUUGCACUCUGCCUGAAGAAACCGGCUGGCGAGACCCUCCUGCUAUGCGCUGAGAAGACGUCGCUGCAGUUUGUCCUUGGACAUGCGUAUGAACCCUUGUCAAAACAGAAGGCUCCGAAAGUACUAGCCGAUGCUUUCGGCAUCGCCAGUUUGUCGUUGCGCAGUCUCAUCGAAUUCCUCAAGAGCGCCUUGAAGAACUCAAAUGCUGCCGUCAGAACGAGCGCGACGAAGACACUUGUGACUGUCAAGCUGUUCGCGGGCCCCUCUAUCAAGGACCUGGUUGAAGAUUUGAAUCCGCAGUUGCUGACCACCAUCAUGAGUGAAUUUGACAAGGUCGAAGGCACACCGCCGCCGCAACCAACCCGGACUUCAGCAGACGUUGCCGAGGUGUCAGCUAGUGCACCGGGUAAGAGCGCGGGCGCCGGGGGAGAUGCUCUCGACGACCUGUUCCCCCGGGUCGAGAUCGAUAGUCUUCUCAGAGGUACCACCAUCCUUGCCGAUGCUAAGAGUGAUCCGUGGAAGACCAAGAAGGAGGCUUUGGAGACUCUACAAGCCAUACUAGACCAGGGUUCGAACAAGCGACUGAAACCAAACAUGGGCGAGAUUGGCCAAGUCUUGAAGGCUCGUGUCACCGACAGCAACAAGGCUGUCCAGACUCUGGCCUUGGACGUCGUAUCCCGUGUCGCGGUUGGGAUGGGCAAGCCCUUCGAGAAGUAUACGCGCUUGUAUGCUCUCCCUGUCGCGACAGUCCUGUCCGACCAGAAGGCCCCCAUCCGUGCUGCUGCCGUCCAGACGCUCAAUUCCAUUGCUACUGCGUGCGAGGGCGUCGACUCUAUGGUCCCUGGACUGACUACCGCCCUAGAAGCGCAGAACCCCUUGCAAAGGUCUUCAUUACUCCACUGGCUCGCGGAGUGGUUCAAGGAGCAUCCGCUUAGUCCCGGACUUGAUCUAACCAGCUGGGUCGCGCCUGUCAUUGCUUGUCUCGAAGAUCGGAGCGCCGAUGUCAGGAAGGGUGCCCAAGCUCUGUUGCCCACACUCGUCGCCUCCGCGACGAACUCGCUCAAGCCUGCUUCAAGGUCUUCUGUCGCGCCCCUCAUUCAGGCGGCGAGAGCGACAGCUCCUGCGGCCCCUGCAGCCCCUCCCGCAAAGGCUCCCGCCGCUGUCAAGGCCACUACGCAAGCGAGAGCGCCGCCGUCGGUGGAGCCUGCUGUCUCCCCAUCUCCCCCGCCCCAAGAUCCUGCGCCGAAGAUUGCACCUCCAAGUAAAUUAGGAGGCGGCGUACGUCGGAAACUGCCUCAAGGUACCAUCGCUCGCCCCGAGUCUCGCUCGGAGACACCAGAUAGCAUGUCGUCACGCCUCACGAGCAAGGCAGGGACUGGAUUGAAGCGCCCCGGUACUACGCUGAACGGACCCGCAAGAGCGUCUACACAGCCAGUCAUAGCGGCAUACACGCCUCCACUGAUGGGAGACCAUACCGAAGCGAAGAGAUUACGACUGGCCAAAGACGCGCAGAAAUGGAUCAAUGAAUCAGGACCUACGAGGAAAGACUCAGCGGAACUUUUGCAGCAUCAAAUGGAACCUCACGCCUCGAAGGAGCUUCUGUCUCUCCUUUUCAGCCGUGAUCACAACGCAGUCAACGACCAUGUAUCCGGCUUGACCGUUCUUUAUGACUUCUACAGCUCUGUGCAGGGUGGCGAAGAGAAGCCCGGCUUCCCUUUGGAGUCAUUACAGAGGAUCUGCCUGGCGAACUCUGACCUUGCGUUGAAGUACGUUUCCAUCAAGGCGCAUGAACCUCAGUCCAACCUGGUGCAAAAGUGUCUCGAUGUCGUGGAUGCAAUCAUAGGGUUCUUCCAGAGUGUCGAUUAUCAAAUUGGUGACCCUGAAGCCCUUUGCUUCGUCCCGACCAUUAUCCACAAGCUCGGUGACGCGCGAGAGCCUGUCCGUGCGCACGUAGCGCAAAUUGUCCAAUUGUUGCCCAGAGUCUUUUCCUUCAGCCGCGUGUUCGCCCUUCUCCUCGAACACGGGUUGAAAUCGAAGGUUGCAAAGACACGUCAAGGCACUCUUGAUGAACUCGCUGGCGUAUUGAAGAAAUUUGGAAUUGCCGCUUGUGAUCCUCCGAAGGCGUUCCCUGUAAUCGCUUCUACAAUAUCGGAUAAAGACCCUCAGGUUCGCAAGUCAGCCCUUGCAAUUCUGAGCGAAGCUUACGUCCUCGUCGGAGAACCGAUCUGGGGUUAUGUUGGCCACCUGUCACCAAAGGAUAAGACGCAGCUUGAGGAACGUCUGCGCCGUGUCUCCGGCUUGGGCACCCCGGAAAAGACGGACGGACCUGCAAUAGCGACUCAUGCCUCCCGUCUGCAGACAGGUAUUCCGAGAUCCGGUUCUCCUGCUCCUGGAAUUGCGUCGUCUUCUCGCAUAGGAGGUAUUCCCAGAGCUGGAAGCCCUUCCAUCCCCGCGUCGCGUUUGGGUCGUCCUGCCUCUCCUGCAGGAACAGUCAGGUCUGCUUCUCCUGGACUGGCUAGCCCUACUUUAUCUACCAAAUUCUCGAAGCUCCCUGGGGCCUCACAGAUGCCGGGUCCGUCAUCGCCAACUGGUAUUGGUCGUCCCAAAAGCCAGAUGCCUUCCCGACUCGGUCAGCCGAAAUCGCGCCUCAAUGGUAUACCGCAACCUCGCUCUGUCGCUGCCCCACCACCUGAUGAGAUCGCUUAUGACGAAGUAUCCGUGCCCAAACCUGUCAAUGGCAAUCAUCACGCAGCAGAAGCUUUAGCUAGCGUCGACAGCAUGGAGGAUCCGCGUAGUGCUGACGACAUCACGGUGGUGAUCUCGAGUAUACUGAGUAACGACCCGACUCGUAGUGUUGACGCGUUGAAGAAGAUCCAGAAAGUGCUCGAGAUUGGACCAGAGGAAGGACCAUCAUCACCGGCUUAUCGAGAACUUGCCGAGCAUACGGAGGGUCUCAUCGAGACAAUCACCUUGCAGAUGGCUCACGUAUUCGAGAGGCCUGACGACAUCACUAUCCAGGAGAACUUCCGGCUGGCCAAGCACCUCAUCCAGACUCUCAACGCAUUCUGCGAUCACCAGUUCCUCGCGGAGUCAUUGACGGUGGACAUCUUGACGUCUUUGCUCGAAGAGUUGACGCUCCGGCUACUCCAGACAGACAAUAGCCCAGACAACAGAGUGAAGGACCUAUCGCGCUUCAUCAACAUGAUUAUCUUGCGCUUAUUUGCGACUGGCCGUAAGAUGUCCAUUUUCCGUGCACUCUUUGCACUGCUUCUUCAGAUCGUCAAACCAUUCACGAUGAACGGAACCUCACUCGACUCACAAGAAGCCAAGGUCGCCGAGCUUGUGUUGAAAUGUGUUUGGAAGUUGGCCCGGAACAUUCCUCAGGACCUGGAGAAGCAAUUGCUCGAUCCCGUCGAACUAUUUCCCGCCAUAGAGCAUUUCUUACAGUCUGUCCCUCCCAAUGAAUGGCGCGCGAGAGCUACCAACAAGGUACCUUGCGGUGAUAUGCCUCUGCGUACAAUCAAGGUCAUCAUCCAGCACGUCGUCGCUCACUACGGGGAUGAGGUAUACGACAUGCUAUCCGCAUCCUUCGACGACCCCUCAGCGACCAUCGUCUAUCCUUAUGUUUACCGCAUCCUCAACUCUUCCACUCGAACCUCAGCAGAGCUCCCGGUCAAGCCGAAUAAUCUCCGAGAAGAUGUGUUGGGGCACACUUCCCCAGCGCUGAGUCGACCAAUCUCACCCGGGACAUCGUCGGUCGUAUCCGACCCCCGCGCCCCCUCAUCCUCAAGUCAUGCUCGAAGCCACAGCGUGUCGUCCACGAACGGAGACGGUGUAGCUGUAUCUGAACCCGACCCCGACGAACAACUGAACGUCAUCAUCCAGCACAUCUCUAGUGAGACGACCGGCGCCAUGCACAAGGAAGGAAUCACGGAGCUACAUCAGUUCCUGAAGGCCUACCCACAGAAGCAGACAAAGGUAGACAAAAUUCUUGAAUCCACGGGUCCUGCGUUCCGCAAGUACAUUACGAGAGCUCUCGCCAGUCGUGCUGCAGAAGACCAGGAGAGGACUGUUGCUGUAGCAAAUACGCUCUCCAAAUUGGAGUCCAAUGGUCGAGAACGGCCGCAGAGCACGGGUUCCAGUUCAGACCCCCCGGCGUCGGAGACCUCGCGUAUCGCAACACCGACGUCACCGACUCGUUCAGAACAACGUUCCCCCAGGUCACCACCGCGAUCAAGCGUAGCUGAACUGCCAGAGGCGCAACAAGAAAAGCUAUCGAGGCUGCACGAUCUAUUCCAGUACAACCGCACGAGUAUCAUAAGCACUUCGUCCUCACAAGGUCGAUCGACGCCGACAACAUUUACUCGUGGCGCACCAGGUUGAUUCGGGUUGGUCGGAUUACUUGGACUUGGUUUGGACGCAGUUGUUGUUUGCAUAUCUGUAUAUUGACAUCGUAGUAUCGUAUAGUGGGUUGUACUUAGUAACAUUGCUCUAUACCCCUGCAUGGGCCGUAUGCAUUGUGUAUUUGUCGUCUGUAGCGCACCUGGGAUUAUUUAGAAUGAAAUAGAAUCAACUACUACUUA